AUGGCAUCAAAACUCAUCCUUACCACUGUCAUUUUGCUGGUGCUUUUGUGCUUGCAUUUUAUGAGGGAGACUUCUGACUAUAGUUCUGCUUAUGCAGGCUUUAGAACUAAUGUAGCUGGUCUCAAGGAGAUUCGGAAUAGGAAGGUGUUGUCUACCUUGAAAGAUAAGCAAACUACUUUGAAGGUUAGGCUACAAGGAUCCUCAAGCAUCAAACAUGAUGAAAAGGCACCGAGUUGGGAGUUGAGGAAGGUUCCUUCUGGUCCAGACCCCCUGCAUCAUAACGGUGGCAGCCCCAAAAAGCCUGAAACCCCUUAA